CACACUUUUCCAUUUUUAUUUGUUCAUGGUCUCUUCGUUUUGCAGCAUAGAACCCACUCAUGCCAUAGCCAUUCAUACUAUGAUUACGUAUACUCUGUUUAUACUUGCAUAAAAACCAAAGGGUUUUUCUUUUUUUCCUCUUUUUUUAGUACAUUAUAUAUGAGCAAACUUUUUUUUUUUGAGUAAAUGAGGUGCAAGGAACAUUUAACUGACCUGAGCAGCAGCGUCGGCGUCUGCGCCACUUGUCUCCGGCAACGUCUUCUUGCGGUCCUCGCUGCCCAAGCUCAAUUAGCACUCGCUGCCGAGAGUCUUCGGAAACCUGACCCACCGCCGCUGAUUUUCCCUCGGUCUGUUUCUCCUUACGUUAGUAGACGGAAAUCUGGAGACGACGGUGCCAACUGGAUCCACAACCAGCGGUUUUACCACACUCCUCAGGUGGGGCCUACCCACGGCACCGAAACUAGCGGCGAUUUUGAAGCGGUCGGCUCUUUCAAAAAGAAAAACAGGUUCUCGUUUUUUUCGGAUCUGUUCAGAUUGAGAUCAGAGAAGUUUAAUUCGGAUCCUAGUGUUCAUUAUAAUUGGGACUCGUCCGGUGAACCGUCCUCAUCAUCGCCGUCUUUGUUCUCGGCACUCUUUGCUGUUCGUCGAAAAAAGAACCAAUCUUCGGGGACAACUCGCGUAGAAGAAUUUGGUCAAUUCGGUCCAGGGAAUCGAAAACCAUCCAGGGUCUCGGAUCGGGGAAUGUCGCCAGCGAUUGAAGCAGCUUCGGGAGACGAAUGUCAUCGACUAUCAUCGAGAAUCUCACCGGAGGCUUCCCCACGAUGGAAGAGGACACCGAAGGCGGCGAGGAGAUCAAGGAGCGGGGCUGGGAACUCAUCGGGAUUGGCCUUUUACUUGAGCCCGCUGGUGAGGGCGAAUCCGAACCCGCACUGGAACCAGAAGGGCGGGUUGCCACCUGACGUCCCCCAGCUUGCCACCGCGGCGGGGUUUCCGGCGAACAGAUCCAGGAAGCUUGCUGACAUGGCACAGUCAAUUAAAACCACUAAGAGCAGUAAGCUAUUUGCUUGUUUCACCUUAUCAAAUUGAGGUUUUCAAUUUGGCCAAAUACAAUUACGCUUUUCUGUAGUUUUAAAAAUGUUACUCGAAUGAACUGGUACCAAAACCAAUACGAUACGGCUAAAUCGGCUGAUCUUAAUUAUAUCUGAUGAAUUCUUCCAGUCCCAGGCAAAAAAACUGCAACCGUACAACGCAAUCUAAGGAGUGAGCUUCUUAUGCUACUGGAAAGCAAUGUUAGUGUGCAUUGUUCUAGAAUGAGUCGGUUGAUUAGUUGGCAUCUCAUUGUUAGUUUGUUAGAAGUAGUUAAGGCAGUUGGUUAACAAUUGAGACUGCUAAAGC